AUGCAGCCUCUUGGGCCAGAUUGGUGGUUCAAGAUGAUUUCGGUGUUAAAGCUGGCAAUAUGCUGUGUGCUUUUGCUUCCAGGUCUUCUGGAUGCCAAGUCACUACUGAAUGUUAUCAAGCAAGAAGAGAUGGUUCCAGUGGGUCAUGUCAGCAUAGACUCUGAAGAAGCAAAUGGUUUUCUGAGUCACUCCAGACCCAAGCGUAAUGUGGACCCCAAGUGGUACCGGUCCAACCCUGACUUCCAGGCGUACUACCGCUAUUACAGCAGUAUUGGUCACACAGAGGGGUUGUAUGAGACAGACAAGCUGCGUAUGCUGUACCAACAGAUGAGAUACCUGGAGCAUGUAUAUGGUCCCAACGCCUCAUACUACCAGAACAAGCUAGGACUCCCCCUGCUAAUGUGCGACCCAGCCACAGACAAGAAGUGCAAACUGCUCCCCCCUCCACCCCCGUUGAAGGGAAAGCCCACAGACCCUCCGGUGACCCCCCCUCCUCCCCCUCUCGCCUCCCAGGCUGAUGUCACAUACCUGUGCAACGCGAAAGACCCCAUGUGUAAACCCCACAUCGUUUACCUGCCUACCGGUGCUGUUCCAGUGCUGUGCGACCCUCGUUACCAUCCCCACUGCACACCACAGAAAGCCCCCGAGCCUGUGCCAGUCAUCCAGCAUCCCAAAAAGUUUGCCCCACCGCCCCCUGUCCUGGUAAAGAAGGCCCCUCCACCUCCCGCAGUUAUGGUGAAGGGUAUGGAGUAUGACUGCGACCCUUAUUGGGAUCCCGAUUGCCUCAUUGACAACCCACCCCGGCCUGUAAAAGGGAAGAUAGUGGUAGUGCCUCCACCCCCACCUCCUCCAAAGGUAGAGAAAGAGGAGCCAGUGGAGGAACCAGAACCUCCAGCUCCCAUUGAAAAGAAAGUUCCCUUGUAUCCAUAUCCUUACCACUACUUCUACCCUCUGCCAUAUGACCCGAGGGAUGAGCUGUAUGACCCAGCCCGCUUUAAGUACCCCCAGCCUGUGGACCCUGCUGAUGAGCCCUCAGAAGAUGCUGAGUAA